AUGAUUGUCUACUUGCUCUCAGUAGCUCUGCUGCUGCUCAUUCUCGAACCUCUAUUUACGUAUUAUUGGGAUUCUAAAAAGCUUCGCCGUUUCCCCAAUGCUAGUUUCUUAUCUGGAAUAUCCGACAUAGGCUACAUCCUUAAGAGAUACCGCGGGUUUCGAUCAAAAGAGAUUCACGAAAGCCACCAGGAGCAUCCAGUUGUCCGUGUUGGCCCCAAUACGCUUUCAUUCUCCACGCCCGAUGCCAUCAGGGCUAUAUACGGACAUAACACCCCAUGUCUCAAAGGCGGUACCUAUGUGACAGCAGCUGGUACGCAUCCAAGCUUGCUCGACGUCGUGGAUAAGCAAGAACAUGCUCGUAAGCGCAGGAUCUUAUCGCAUGCCUUUGCUACCCGGAAUCUCGAACAGUGGGAGUUCAAAGUCACGGACAAAGUUCAAAAACUCGUCGCACAAUUUGACCUUCUAUGCCACGACAAAGAAGAAGCAAUUGUUGACUUUCGAAUGUGGAGCAACCUCUUUACGAUUGAGGCCAUUGCGGAUAUUGCGCUCACGGUUAAUUACAUUGACUGUCUUCACUCUGGAAGGCGGGCAACGUCAAUGUUGAUUUGGUCAACGAAAUGGUUCUUGUCUUGGCGAUUUGUGUUGAAAAAACUUCCGGGUUUCUUCCAGACCCAGUGGCACAAAGGCCAAGGCUUUGAUGAGAUGGUACGGUAUCUCGUUCAACAGCGCCUUCGACGACACGAAAACGGAGAGCAAUUGGAAGAUUUUGUGGGGUGUCUCUUUCAAGAUAAGCAUGGAGACGCUCGAAACCUAGAGAUUGCCGAAAUUGAAGCCGAGGUGGCGACAUUGUUGGAUGCAGGGUCCGAUACAACCGCGAUUUCUCUAACCCACGCCAUGUAUUUCUUAAUGAAGACUCCGGCAGCAUUGUCUCGACUCCGUGAAGAAUUGCAUGUUGCAUUGGACGGUAGCCAGGAAGUCGCCAAAUAUGCUACUGUGAAGAAUCUACCGUAUCUACAUGCUUGUAUCAAUGAGUCGUUGAGGCUGUUGCCACCAGUUGCGUUUGGCUUAAACCGCAUGACACCACCUGAAGGGCUCACAAUUGACGGCACCUGGAUCCCCGGAAACACUCUUGUAGGUGUACCGGCGUAUACGGCCCAUAGAAGUCCUCUAUUCUCAAACAGCGAGCAAUAUCAGCCGGAAAGAUGGUUGGAAGAUGACAUCAAAGAGACUCAAGGGACAUUUAUCCCUUUUAGUACGGGGGCCAGAGGUUGCAUUGGUCGAAACAUUAGCUACAUUGAGCAAACGGUGCUCUUGGCGACUCUUGUUCAGCGCUACGAUCUCAGUCUUGUGGAUCCCGAGGGAAAUUUGGACCAUGAGGAGGCCUUUAAUCUUUGGCCUGGGCCACUGUCAUUACAGAUUAGACGUAGAGAGAAUUGUUAA